AUGUGGGACAGCGAAGCGGCUGCCACUGAAACCAACGACGAAGGACAGAUUGCACGUCGUCUCCAUGAUGUGAUGAUUCGUACGGCUUCUCGGUUUCCGGGGGGCGCUCGAGGCCUUGCCAACGUUGUCAUCACUCGAGGAGCCCACCCCUGUGUAAUAUUUGCAAAUGGAAAGACGACGGAAGUGCCACUGGCGAAACAGGUUCCGAGUGAACUCGUUGUCGACACGACGGGGGCGGGUGACUCUUUUGCAGGAUCGUUUGCUUAUUUCCUUCUUCAAGCACCCAACUCACCUGAAGCAGCAGUAGCCAAGGCGACGUUCGUUGCGGCGCAAUCCGUCACCAAGAAAGCCGCUGCGGAAAGCUACGCGGGAAGGCACGAGCUUCCUGAUCAUUUGUUCCAGCGCUCAUGA